AUGUCUGCCUCUAUUAAUUCUGCUUUUGUUGUAGCUAAUAGAGCAGCUAGCUUGAAUGAUGAUGACAUACACGAAAAAUAUGAAUUUGUGAAACAAAAAAUUCUUGACGAUAAUUCUCUUACAAAAAAAGAAAAAACUAAAGCAAUAAGUAUUUUAAAUAAUUCUUAUGAUAUAGCAAAAGUUAGGUAUAAUUCAGGAACAAAAAGAAUUUGUGAAAGUUGUAAUCAAGAAUGUUUGGCUACAUUUUAUUGUGAAUAUUGUGUUCAAAACUAUUUAAAAGAAAAUUUUCCAUAUUGGACGUCUGGAAAUAUUAGUGUUGACGUAUUAAUAAUGAAAUCAUGCCAAAUGAAAACUCUUUUUCCAUAUGGGAUAAUUGAAUGGAUUCCGUACGAAAAGCUUCAAAAUAUUAAAUUUUUAACAAAAGGUGGAUAUUCUGAAAUUUAUACAGCAAAUUGGAUUAAUGGAGGAUAUGUUGGGUGGCAUACUAAAAAACAACAGUUAAAAAAACUUGGAAAAAGACAGAAAGUUAUACUUAAAACAUUAGGAAAUGUUGGAAGUGAAAAUAAAAGAUGGUUUGAUGAGGCUAAAAUACAUUUAACUAUAAGUAAUAAAAGCCUAGCUAUAGUUCAAUGUUACGGCUUAACACAAAAUACAUCAGAUGGAAAUUAUAUGCUUGUAAUAAGAAAAAUGGAUAUGGAUUUAAGAAAAUAUUUACAACAAAAUCACAAUCAACUUACAUGGGAAGAAAGGAUUCAAAUUACUUAUGAUAUAAUUUAUUCACUUGAUGACAUUCAUAGAGAAAAAGCAAUUCAUAGAGAUUUGCAUUCUAAGAAUAUAUUAUAUAGUUACUAUUAUCAAAUGUUUUACAUUAGUGAUCUUGGAUUUUGUGGUCCAGCAAAGAAACCACCUAAAACACCUGAGGUUAUUAAUGGAAAAGAAUAUACUUUUAAAUCCGAUAUUUAUAGUGUCGCAAUGCUUAUGUGGGAAAUUUCAUCCGGGCGACCACCAUUUAUUAAUUACGAACAUGAUUACGAUCUUGCAAUGAAUAUAAUUAAUGGUAUUAGACCAAAAAUUGUACCGGGAACUCCUUUAGAAUAUAAAAAUUUAAUAGAACAAUGUUGGGAUGUUGAUCCAUUAAAAAGACCUGAUGUUUAUACUCUUAAGAAUGAAAUAAAAAAAAUUAAUAUUUCAUACCAAAAUAAUCCAAGUAAAUUAGUAGCAAAUAAUAAUUUAAAAAUAAAUAAGUCAAAUAGCUUGAAAUCAAAAGAUACAAAUAGUGCAUUAUACACGAGUCAACUUCAUCAAUUUGAAAACUUAUCUGAACCAAGAAAUGCAACAGAAGAAGAACUAGAAGCAUUUCACAGUAAAUCCUAUGAUUUUGAAAUCCCUGAUAAUAUCGAAGAUUUUAAUAAAUCAAGUAGUCGUACUUUUAAAAUCGAAGAUUUUAAUAAAUCAAGUAGUCGUACUUUUAAAAAUAUCUCCAAAGUAUUUGACAUUGAAAAGCUUCAAAGCAUGGAGCGUCAUUUUAAUACUGAUUGGUAA